UCCUCCUCCCGGUCCCUUCCCCUCCCCUCCUCCUCCUCCUCCUCCUCCUCCUCCUCCAGCUCAGGUUGCAGCUCCUCUGGGGAGCCGCUCACCUUUCCGGAGCGGGGGAAGCAGCCCCGAGCCGGGCAGGGACCCCAGCAGGGCGCAGGGCGCGCGCCCAGCCCCGCCGCCUCGGCCGUCGCGGUGCCCCCAGGACGCGCGCGGACCUGGCCACCUGGUCCCUGCCGAUCAUGAACAAGAUGAAGAACUUUAGGCGCCGCUUUUCCCUGUCAGUGCCCCGCACUGAGACCAUCGAGGAGUCCUUGGCGGAGUUCACAGAGCAGCUGAACCAGCUCCACAACCGGCGCAAUGAGGACCUGCAGCUCAGUCCUCUUGGCAGAGACCCCCAGCCAGAGCCCAGCACCUUCUCCCCCCCAGAUGGUGGAGAGGACCCCAGGCAGCCGUCCCCUGGCACGCGGUACCGGCGCCAGAACCAGCGCCGCUUCUCCAUGGAGGACAUCAGUAAGAGGCUCUCCCUGCCCACGGACAUCCGUCUGCCCCAGGAAUUCCUGCAGAAGCUACAGCUGGAAAGCCCAGACCUGCCCAAACCGCUAAGCCGCGUGUCCCGCCGUGCCUCCCUGUCAGACAUCGGCUUUGGGAAAUUGGAAACGUAUGUGAAACUGGACAAACUGGGGGAGGGUACCUAUGCCACCGUCUUCAAAGGGCGCAGCAAACUGACAGAGAACCUCGUGGCCCUGAAGGAGAUCCGGCUGGAGCAUGAGGAGGGGGCGCCCUGCACUGCCAUCCGAGAGGUGUCUCUCCUGAAGAACCUGAAGCAUGCCAAUAUUGUGACCCUGCACGACCUCAUCCAUACGGAGCGGUCUCUCACCCUGGUGUUUGAGUACCUGGACAGUGACCUGAAGCAGUAUCUGGACCACUGUGGAAACCUCAUGAGCAUGCACAACGUCAAGAUUUUCAUGUUCCAACUGCUCAGGGGCCUUGCCUACUGCCACCGCCGCAAGAUCCUGCACCGGGACCUGAAACCCCAGAACCUGCUCAUCAACGAGAGGGGGGAGCUGAAGCUGGCUGACUUUGGACUGGCCCGGGCCAAGUCCGUGCCCACAAAGACCUACUCCAAUGAGGUGGUGACCCUGUGGUACAGGCCCCCGGAUGUGCUGCUGGGGUCCACAGAGUACUCCACCCCCAUCGAUAUGUGGGGCGUGGGCUGCAUCCACUACGAGAUGGCCACCGGGAGGCCCCUCUUCCCCGGCUCCGCCGUCAAGGAGGAGCUGCACCUCAUCUUCCGGCUCCUCGGGACCCCUACAGAAGAGACGUGGCCUGGCGUGACGGCCCUGUCGGAGUUCCGAGCCUACAACUUCCCCCGGUACCUCCCGCAGCCGCUCAUCAGCCACGCCCCCAGGUUGGACCCUGAAGGCAUCAACCUCCUGACCAGCCUCCUCCUGUAUGAAUCCAAGAGCCGCAUGUCCGCAGAGGCUGCCCUGAGCCACCCCUACUUCCGGUCUCUGGGCGAGCGCGUGCACCAGCUGGAAGACACUGCCUCCAUCUUCUCCCUGAAGGAGAUCCAACUUCAGAAGGACCCAGGCUACCGGGGCCUGGCCUUUCAGCAGCCAGGACGAGGGAAGAACCGGCGACAGAGCAUCUUCUGAGCUGUGCACACCCUGCUGUGGCAUGAGGGACAGAAAGUCACACGGCACCACUGGGGGCAGGUCGGGGCCUGCGUGCCCUUGGAAGACUGAGGAGCGGGGGCUAGCGGCCAGCCCAGAAGACCUUUCAGCAGCCCUGCUGGCCACGGCUGUUUCCUCCCGCUGCCUCCUGCACGCCUCCCCAGGGGCCUUGGUCUGGACGUCAAGCCCUCUGUCACCUGCCCUGGGGCUGGGCGUGAGCUGCUUCCCUGGGAGGAGGUAAGGGGCAGGGAGCGACCUCAGACACUUUCCACCCUGAAGUGCUCAGGCACUGGCAUGGGACCCACAGGAGAAUCCAGGUGCCGGGUGGAGCGCUGUGCCCUGGACACGGGCACCACUUGGCCUCUCCCCGGGGCCUGCGUGCCUCAGCAGUUUGGUAGAGCCCCUUACAGACCCCUUGGAGCCUGCACGCCUUUCACCUUUUUUUCCUCUGAGAGCAGGAAGCAAUAUGGCAUCUUGUCUGGCACCCUGGAAUCCAGGUACCAAUGCUUGUGCCAAAGCCCACCCCCCACUUGAGGGGAGGGUAUCCCCUGAGGGACAGAGGGAAUCGUAGCCCAUCCCCUCUUCUCAUCACCCACCCUAUUCCCCUUCCCCCCUCCUUGCCUGAGGCCCCAUAAGCCACUUGAUGCCCGGCUGAGUCCAGAGGUGGCCUGGUACCGCCAGCUGCACUCCUGCCACCUCUGCCAACCACACCCGUCUCCCCAGUCUGAAUGGGACUGCCUUACGUUGGCAGGUGGGAGAGCACUCACUGCCCUUGGAGCUCUGAGCCGGGCUCCUCCCUGUCCACCCUUUCCUGGGAGCACCUCCUGCUUAUCAGGCCUGAGCACUGAUAAGCAGCCCUGGGCCAGCGUCCUGGGGACAGCACCCAGGUAUGCAGGGUCGCCCUGACGCUGGUGCCAGGCCAACUGCGGCUCCUUGGGGCUGGUACAGCCUCCGCCAUCCCUCCUUCCCAGCCCCUGUAGCCCUGUCUUUGCUCCACCUGGUAUCCUGGCACCAGCUUCCCCAGAGGGUGGUCACAAGAGUAAGGGUGUAAAUGCCACAGUCUGAGGUGGAGGAAGGUGGAACAGGACAGGACAGGCUUUGAUCCUGAGAGCCCUGCCCCAGGGGGCUGGGAGUAUGAGGGGUGAGGGCCGCUGAAGAAGGGCCCCUCACCAUCCCUCUGGAGCACCCCCAUUGUAUUCCCAAGGCCUCCACAGCACUUGGCUGAAUCUUGAAUGGCAGGGCCAAGGGGAGGCCAGGCCCAGCCUUCCUACACAAGCCCCCUGCCUAGUCCAAGCCCCUCAGCCUGAGGAGCAGCCCUGAGGGUCUUGGCCCCCCACAAGUCCCCCCAUUCCUCCCCCACCAUACUGUGAAUGUCCCAUGACUCAGCACAAAGACGGAUAAUAUAUUUAAUUCAUGUUGUACAGAAAGGAGGGAGCAGUCUCCUGCAGAAAAGCUGGUUUUGACAGAUUGGUGCCAAAGAGGAAAGACGAAGGCCCUUCUGUGGGCCUCAUGAGUGUGGGCGGGGCUUGCUUGUGUGUGUGUGUAUAUAUACAAGAAUGAAGUGGAGAGAGAGUUUGGUUUGUGUGCAUCUCUGAACCCACCCUGGGCUGUGGGAGGCGUGCCCUGCACCCUCCCUGCUGCGUUCAGGGCGGGCAGUCAACUCUGGGUGUUGUGGGUGGCAUGGACGGGGCCUGGGACCCUACACUCUGUAUCCCAGCCUUGGCCGAGGUUGGUGCCUGAGGGGUGGGGGCAGCUAGGAGAGCCAGGAAGGAGCUGGGGAGAGGUCUGGGGUUCUGGCUACUGUAGCUGAUCCCUGUGCUUCCUGACUUCUUGGAAGAGAGGGUGGGAGGGCAGUUCAGGAGAGGGUUGGCAUGGGGGGUGACUGAGGCCAGGGCAGCAGGACAAGGGUACGAGCCUCACUGACUCUGGCCCAGCCUGACGGCUGAGAAGCUUGACGACUCCUUCUGCUGCCCAGGCCACGUCUUGCCUGGGGUCUGCACGCAGCCUCCUUUUGCACGGUCUCGGGAGUUCUCCAUCCUGAUCUGUUUCCCAAUUCAGCGUCCAGGUGUUCUCCCCAGACUGCACCUCCUGACCCCCCCAUCCGGCGGCCUCACGUCUGGCCGUGAGAACUCCAAUUCGCUGGCAUCCGCAAGGGGCGGCUGCUUUCCGGAGGAGGAAGCUAGUGUCGAGAGGUUGGGUGAUGUCUCCCCAGGCCGUGGAAGUGAGGGGGGACCAAGCAUGAUUCUGCACCCAGCACCAAUGCCACCAGCCUGACCCUCCUCACCUCUUUGUAGGCAGCCAGACACCGAAGUGUAGGACAGUCAGUGCUCAGGGGGAGGCCAGAGCCGGAAACGCACGGGCGGGAACCAGAGUUGGGCCUUUGCAGCCAAGUUUGGAAGGAGACCAGAAGGGACCUGACUGAUUAAGCUCCCGCCAUGUAGCAGGCACUACAGAAGGUCUCACAGAAUCCCACAACAGCCCCGUUUCUCCCCUCUCUGCAGAGGGGGACAGUGAGGUUCCUAGGGGUUAAAUGACUUGCCCAGUCACAAAGCAAAUGAGAGUCCCGGGUCUCUCUGCCACCCCAGCCCUUGGUCUUCAAGGAGGGGAAGGAGUGAGAAGAGGAAGAGUGUGGACAGCGUGGGCCCCAGGAGCCAGGGAAACCAACGCGAUGAAGGCCCCAGGGCCGACGCUGCUUUGCGGGAGUACCUUGAUGACUGAUGUGUCCCUGGCAGCUGCAGCCCCCACCUCACAGGCUCCUGCCCCUUGGAGAGUCUUCCUGAGGCAGCUGUCCUUGCUCCUGCAGCUGGGGUCCUAUCGUGGAGGCUCUCGUGGGUGGGGGCCCUUCCAAGGUCCCUGUUGGAGGCAAGGCACUCUGAGCUUCUGCCCUGGAAGGCUGGGGGGCGGCGCUGGACAGGCUCACACCAGGCCUUGUGUGUUACAGGCUUUCAGUGGGAAAAAGGAUUGUUCUGGAGAAGGAAACUGGAGGGGCUGCGCGACUCUAGUUCUGAGCUGCUGGGGCAGGAGUGCAAGGGCUGCCGCCAGGCUCUCCAGGGCCCAGACAGCCACAACACAGGGCCGGUGUCCUGGAGCCCUGUUCCUGGGCCCCCCACCAUCAUGUCCUUACCCCAAAUGGCUCUCACAAACGGGCCUGCCCCAUUCCGCUGGAGUCCCUGGGCAAAAGCACCCUCAAACAAGUCAUCUCCCCCUCCAGCCUCGAUUUUUCAUCUGUUCCUGGGAUGGGGGAUGCCUCAGGAAUGCCCGCGCCCCACCGGCCUUUCCCUUCCCUCUGCUCCUUUGGCAGGCACAUUUGUAGUUUGCAGCAACCCUGCAGCUGCCUCACAGAGGUCCUAUUUGAUGGUGGCUGCAAGGGUGGGGGGGUGACACCGACUCCCCUGAUGGGCCCUGCCCCACCCUGGUGGGACCUGGGGCUGGCUCUCCGCUGCCCCACUCUUGCCUUCCUGUGGGCUCCCGAUGGUCCCGGUCCAGUGGUCAGGGCUGAUGCCCAACAGGUGACCUUUCCCUUUGCCCUGCUGGCUGCCUGGGCCAGCCAAGUGUUGGACACUGUUGCCAGUCCUCCUUUUCUUCCUCCUUGAAGCAGCUCAGCGGCUGUCAGCCCAUCUUUCCGCCUCCACCUUUGUUCUCUCUCCUGCUUCCAGUGCUGACGCUCCACAGCACCCUUGAGUCCCGCUGUCUCCAGAGCAAACCAUCGGCACCACAAAUUGGCCACAACCUGGCCCUGUGCUGGGCGCCAGGAUGCCCAGAUGCGUGCCUCUCUGCCCUCGCCUUCCCAGAGCUCUCACCUGCCAGCUGAGAUGGCCUUUCCUUCCGCAGAUUCUUGCCGGGCACCCACUGUGUGCCAGGCAUGUGCAGGGCACGGUGGACGGGCCGUUGAACAAGACCGCCACGUCCUGCUCACAGAGCUUAGAAAGACCUCACACAGAUGAACCCACCGCACAUCAGGGGUCAAGUGCGAUGAAGUAGAGUCAGGCAGAGUAUGCCGGGGUUGGGGGGAGGUGCGGAUGUGACGCCAUGGCACGGGACGGGCUGACAUCCACCUGUCAGGGCCUCUAAUGAGACCUUGUAAGGGGGAGCCAUGUGGACCCCAGGGGCAGUAUUCCAGCAAAGGCCCUGAAGGGAGCCUGCUUGAGGAUGAGCAAGGAGGCGGUGGGCUGGAGCGCCAUGCCGGCCGGCUCUCACCAGCUCUGCACGGCCAGCAUUUAGGAGGAACUGAUGCUCUGCUCCAGCUCGGAUGGAUUCACUCAGACUUUCUGGCUGUGGGACCAGCCAUCUGUAGUGUUUUAAAAGCUCCUCAGAUGACCCUACUGUGUAGCCAGGGUUGAGAACCACUCAUGUAGGGUCUUGUGGGGCGUGGGAGGGACUCUGUUUCACUCUGAGAUGGGAAGCCAGUGACCUGUUUUUAAAGGCUCAGAGACGCCAGGCCCCCAAGGAGGGUGCUGUGGGAGGAGUAGGGAAGGGCAUCGAUGGACCCCACAGGCACUGGGGGGCUUUGGCCAGGAGCAAAGCAAGGAGGAAGCAGCCCCCUCCAUGCAUGGUGCCCAAGAUGGGGCUGUCGUCCAUUUACAGGUGAGGCUCUGGGGUCGGGUCACUGCCUGGCCACACAGAGAGUAAGGGGAUUGUCAGAGUUGGAACCCAGCUCUGCGGAGCUGAGCAGCCCACCACCUGCCUUCCAGGGAGCUGUGGGUGGCGGGCAUAGGAGGCGCCACCUCACCUGCGUGCUGGCCACACCUUUGCAUCUGGUCACCCACAAGCAUGACUGACAGGAGCCAGUAGGCAUGAGUUAGCCAAACAGCACUGUGCCCCACCUCCCCCAUGUGCCCCCCACCAUCCCCCAGGCCCUCCUCUGGACCCCCCACCCUCCACCAACUCAAAGGGCAGCUUUGGGCACUGGGAGCCCUGGUUCCUGCUCCAACUCUGUGGCCGGCUCCGGUAAGAGUGUACCAACUCUCCUCAGCCGGGAUGGAUGGGGCAGGGCGCAGCUCGGACGGGGUCACAGAUGCCGCUGGGCCACUGCCUUCGUGCCCGUCGACGUUUUCUCCCCUCCCUCCCUCCCUCUCUCCCUUCGUCUCUCUCUUUCUACCUUUCUCUCCCCCUUUUCCCUUUACUACCCGCUCUUUCUGCCCCUCCCCUCAUUCCUCUUCCUGGGGUGGCCCUUAGUAACUCUUAAACCCAGAGAGCAAUCAUCCGGCCUGGCCUCUUCCCUAAGGAAUAAGACUUUGCAGCCUCUCCUUGCUGUCCACCCCAAGCCUCAAAUCACUAAGGAGUUCUUUUUCUGCCAAGCGUCAUCUCUUUAUCCUGCACCCUCGUCCAUUUCCUAGCGACGUCAGGACAGGGCACGAGGUGCUGUGCUGCGGGCAUGGGCCUGGGGGGUCGGCCAGAGCGUGGCCAGUGUGGAUGCAACAGCGCUCCUCCUGCUCGAGGCUUCCAGCCCAGUUCCUGUCCUCCUUCUGAGCUCCUCCCUGCCUCGUCCACUCAUGAUUCCUACAAACCUGCCCCGCACGUAGACGCUACCUGCAGGAGCUCAGCACCACAGAGCCGGUCAGGACGCGGUCAUUGCUUCCUCUCACAAGGUCUCCCUCAGUUACCUGGGGGAGAGGAAGCUGUCUGUGAGUCAUUCUUUUAAAAUUUCCCAAGUCUUUUUUUUUAAUUUCAGACACAAACAAAACCUUUUUAUGCCAUCCAUGUUUUCCCUGGAGGAGGCCUUGGCUGGGUCCUGGGUUCCUGGGGAGGAGUCUCGCACAUCCAUGGACACAACACACUGGCUCCAAAGUACAUGGACCUGGAUCAAAAUCCCAGCUCUGCUGCUUGCAGGCUGUGUCACUUUGGACAUGUUCUUAACCUCUCUGUGCCUCAGCUCCCUUCUCUGUAAAAUGGCCGUAGUAACAAUGCCUUUUUCGCAGAGUUACAAGGAUUCAUGAGAGAAUUCCCACAAGGGGCCUGGCACAGUGUGCUCAGUGAGCAGGAGCACCAGCACCACUCUGCACAUGCCCAGCCCGUCCCCACGAGCAGGAAGCCCAGCUCCCUCCCUCCCCCAGGGAUCCUGGUCUUGGCAUUAAAGUUGGAUAUACUCGUUUCUUCUUGCAUUCUUAACCCUUGAUAAGAUCUUACUCUGAAAGAAUGUAUUAAGCAUAUUGUACCUAAAAGAUUUUGCAAAACUUUUAGAAGAUGACCUUAGCCCAGAGUUUUGUCUCCACAGAGCUUUAAAUGUAGCAGGGGAAGAAAGCAUGGAAAAAGCUUACAAUAAAAAGCAUUGGGUCA